AUGGCGGUGACGGGAUGGUUGGAGAGUCUGCGGACGGCCGAGAAGACUGCGCUGCUGCAAGACGGGAGAAGGAAGGUGCACUAUUUGUUCCCAGACGGCAAGGAAAUGGCUGAAGAAUAUGACGAGAGGACAAGUGAACUACUUGUGAGAAAGUGGCGUGUGAAAAGUGCCCUGGGAGCCAUGGGCCAGUGGCAGCUUGAAGUAGGAGAGCCAGCGUCCCUAGGACCAGGGAACCUGGGGCCUGAACUCAUCAAGGAAAGCAAUGCCAAUCCUAUCUUCAUGCGCAAGGACACCAAGAUGAGUUUCCAGUGGCGGAUUCGAAACCUCCCCUACCCUAAGGGUGUCUAUAGUGUCUGCGUGGACCAGAAGGAGUGCUGCAUCAUUGUCAGAACAAGCAACAAGAAGUACUACAAGAAGUUCUCCAUUCCUGACCUAGAUAGACACCAGCUACCUCUGGAUGACACCUCACUGAGCUUUGCCCACGCCAACUGCACCCUGAUCAUCUCUUACCAGAAGCCAAAGGAGGUUGUGGUGGCUGAGUCUGAGCUGCAGAAGGAACUAAAGAAGGUAAAGACAGCCCAUGGCAACGAUGGGGACUGCAAGACCCAGUAGUUAGCCCCUGAGCCUUACACCUCUAGCAUGGCGGGUGCUGUGAGACUUCAAGGCCUGGCCCUUCUUGGCCACGGCAGCCUCCUCUUCUAGGAGCUAUCAAGGGUCUGUAAGAACUGGGCCGUGGGGCAUUCCCAGCCAGUGAGUCAUGGUCUUAUUUUGUGAGUAAAGUCAUUGUGAGCUACUUACUACACAGAAAAAAAAAAAAA